UUAAGUUGAGUUAUGUUAAUUUUUUUAUGAGUAACAGGCUAUGUAAUCGUGUUCAUUGAAAUUUUCAUCACCCCCUGAGAUUGUUAUCCUUAAUAGUAUUUGUUGUCGUUGUUUUCAUCUUUGGACGAAUCAUCAGUAAAGUGUAUUAUGGAGGGUCAAUACCCAAAUUGGAACUCUCCUCCGUAUGGUGAACCAACUUAUGGUGAACCGGCUUAUGGUGAACAGAGCUCAGAUUUUGUCACCAUUGAAAGUCCCAUGGAUAACUUGAAUACAAUGUCAUCCCAUGGUUAUUAUCCUUAUUAUCAACCUGCACCCGCUGCACCGUCAACCAAUUCAAUUUUCAACUCACAAACAACAUCAAAUGAUCUGAGUGCUGAUCCUUUUUACUCAUCAACUACUUCAGGUGAUCCAUACGCUGAUGAACCUCCAUUGUUGGAAGAGUUAGGAAUCAAUUUUGAUCAAAUAAUGCAGAAAACUCUUGCUGUUAUAAUUCCCUUUAAGAAAACUGAACAAAGUAUCCUCCAUGAAAGUGAUCUUACUGGUCCAUUGGUAUUCUGCUUCGCUUUUGGAAUGUUUCUUCUUCUUUCUGGAAAACUUCACUUUAGUUAUAUUUAUGGUAUUGGAAUUGUUGGAUGUUUAUCAGUUUACUUUUUACUCAACCUUAUGUCACCCACCCAAACGUCAAUUUCAUUCAUUUGCACAGUGUCUGUAUUGGGUUAUAGUCUUCUUCCUAUGGUCGUUCUUUCUGGCCUUGCUGUCAUAUUCAAGCUGAGCGCCGGUAUAAUUGGAAACUUCUUCGCAAUGACGGCUGUUCUAUGGUGUGCUUUAAGUGCCUCGAAGCUUUUUGUAACUGCUUUAGCUCUUCAACGACAACAACCACUGAUUGCCUAUCCCUGUGCUUUACUUUAUGGAGUUUUUGCUUUACUGACAGUCUUCUGAGCAGAAAAGUUUCUUGUUAACCGCUUGUUUUCAAUGGACUUAUCAAGUCAAGAUUCACUAUUAAAGUCUUUGAUUCCAAAUGGAUAAACUUGUCCAAUGUCAUCUUCAGUUAAUCAACAACUUCCCUUACAAACUUAUCAUCGUCAACAUCUUAAAGAUGAUCAAGUUUAACUUUACUUUUCUCAAACAAGCUUCAAUAAUUUUCAUUCUCAUUCAUUUUUGUUCUGUCGCCAAUCUCUUCUUGUGCUCUUCCUUUCAUUUCAUAUUCCACCUCAACUUAUUGGUUAUCAGCCUAAUUUAUGGACAGAGUAAAAUUGUAGCUACUUUGAAAUGAUGACCACUUCAUGCUGUUUGAUUUGGUAUAGUCGCCUAUCUUGUUAUUUAAAACAUUUUAUAAGAGACAGGCUAAUCAAGCAGAAUACAUCUUUUGCUGUGCAAAGUCCUCUUAUCUAAAAAUCAUUAUUUAUUUAACUCUUAAGUUUUAAGUUUAAUUCAAUUAUUAUAAUGAAUAGAAAUAAUCCCGUUGCAAAGUUUUACUUAAUUUUAUAUAAUAUUUUUCAAUUUGUCGGAUCGGGAAUGGUCCUGUAUGGAUUGUUUGGAGCUUUCCAAUCUGAUGAAUUGAAUCAAAACAAAUUAUAUGGAAAAUGCGAUUACCAUUGUUAUUUUUUCAAACUUUACAAUCGAUUGAAAUUGUGCAUGCAGCUAUAAAAGUGGUUCCAUCAUCACCUUUUCUAACUUCUCUUUAAAACUUUUUUCGUUUCACCUAAUAUUUGCAGACAAUUUGGUCAGUUUACAAAUAAACAUUAUAUUUCAA